GCAAUGACGCGAUGAGGCCUAAUCGUCUUCUGAGACAUUUGUCAACCAAACAUGCCUCUUUAAAGGACAAACCUACAGAGUUUUUCGCUGCAAAAUCUAAGAAUUUAAAGCGCAUGAAGUUAGAUAGCACUGGAUCUGCUGUUCAGUCAUCUCUAAAAGUGCUUGAAGCUUCAUAUGAAUUAUCUCUUAUUAUUGCUAAGGAAAAGAAAAGUCACACUAUUGGUGAAACGCUUGUUAAACCGUGCAUUUUAAAAGUAGCCGAUGUUGUCCUUGGAACUGAUAGUAGGCAAAAGCUAUCACAAAUACCACUUUCAGACAACACCGUAAAACGCCGCAUUGAUGAUAUGGCCAAGGACAUUAAAAACCAGGUGGUUGAUGCAAUAAAAAAAUCACCGUUUUUUGCUAUCCAGCUUGACGAGAGUACAGACAUAGCACAAUGCUCUCAUUUGCUUGUAUAUGUUCGUUACAUUGAAAAUGAAAGAAUGAAGGAUGAACUGAUGUUUUCUACUGAGCUGUUGACCACUACUAAAGCUGUAGAUGUGAUGGAAGCAGUAUCAGACUUUUUUAAGAAACACGAACUUUCUUGGCAAAAACUUAUUGGUGUAUGCACAGAUGGUGCUCCUUCAAUGCUGGGUUCUCGUUCAGGCUUUGUGCAGUUGGUCAAAGAGAAGAAUGCUGAUGUGGUUGGGAUUCAUUGUUUUAUUCACCGCCAAGCCUUGGCAGCAAAAACUCUUCCUAACGAACUCAAUGCUGUUUUAAAGCUUUGUAUUAAAGUAGUCAACUACGUUAAGAACAGUGCAUUAAAUACUCGGCUGUUUAAAAUUCUGUGUGAAUAUUUAGGAAGUGAUCACAAAACGCUGCUAUUUCAUACAGAAGUACGAUGGCUAUCAAAAGGCAAUAUGUUGGGAAGACUAUUUGAACUCCGUGAUGAAGUGAUAACGUUUUUGGCACAGCAGAAACAAAACGAGCUUAGUGCAGAGUUCAAAAAACCCUGGAACCAAGUGAUUUUGGCCUAUUUAUCAGAC